CUCUCUCUCUCUCUCUCUCUCUCUCUCUCUCGUGUGAUUGGUCUUUAGAAACACAGGAAGUGUUGAGGCUUUAACACAGACACUUCUCAUUCAGUCAGUCAUCAGUGUGACAGGAUGGAGCUCCGUCCACUCUGUGUGUUUCUCUUGCUGAUGGGACUCAUCCACUGCACAACAACAGGGAGUCCUAAAGCUGUGGUGACCAUAAAGCCUGAUAAACAUGUGUUCAGUGGAGAGACUGUGACUCUCAGAUGUGAAAUACAGGGAGGAGGAGACACUGAGUGGACAUACAGCUGGUAUAAGAAAGAUAACACACUCUACCCAUCCCGCACAACACAGGAGUUCAGCUUCAGCUCAGUUAGAAAUGAUGACAGUGGUGAAUACACCUGCAGAGGGAGGAGAAGCAGUGACUCUCAGAGAUCAGAGAUCAGUGAUGCUGUUACACUCACUGUAUCAGAAAAACCUAAACCUGAACUCACAUCAGAUCUUAAAGGAGCUGCACUGACAGGAAACUCAGUGACUCUGUCCUGUACAAUGACGCCGCAGUCUGCUGGAUGGAAGUUUUACUGGAGCAAACACACACAGAGCACUGAGACUGAGACUGAAACAGACUACUACAACAUCAGCUCAGUUAGUGUCUCUGAUGGAGGUCAGUACAGGUGCAGAAAAAACCUAAACCUGAACUCACAUCAGAUCUUAAAGGAGCUGUACUGA